UUCCUCCUCCGUGUUUGUCCACGGCUCCCCCCACCGGACUCACUGUAAAGUGCUCGCUUAUUUCAGCGAACCGCCCCGUUCACUCAUUUGAGGAGAGACGCCGCUGACUUUCUUCUUCACGCUCGCUUCUUGAUGGACGUUUUCGAACUUGACAGGUAACGCAACGCGCUCGCGCCGCGUUGUUCUCCGCCGUACGUGACGCUUCCGAGCAUUAACGGGGGUUUCUUCGCUCGCUGCUUACGGAAAUUUUUGGUACGUCAUUAAUAUGGCGCCAAAAGAGUUAUAAGUGUGAGCUUGUUAUGUUGCUUUAGCUUGAGAGGUGCCUCACCGCAGCCGGUCUUGUUUACGCAGGCGACACAUAUACAGAAUAUGGAACGCCAUACUGGACAUAAACGCAAUUUAAACGCGUGCCGCAAUUAAGUGGAACGUAUUUGCGAUUUGGCGAAGUCGACGGAUAACGGCGUCGGAUGGGCGCUGCUGUGGAUUCAAUCCGCCGACAGUAACUUUUAUUUCUGGCUGUGGAGGGGACAUUCAUCUACAUGUGCCUGGCCUCAGAUGCUCCCCUGAUUUCUGUGCAUCGAGGACAUCCCUCUUGUGCAAACUGCAAAUAAGAUGGAGAGUGAGAUGAAGAGGAGGAAAUACUCCACCAGCAGCAACGACUCUGACACCACCGACAGUCAUGUGACCACCUGGUCACGGUCUUCUAAGAACACGGGGACCAGCAGCACAUGGGUACGCCAUGAGCAGAAGAAACCGUCUGAGGUGUUUCGGACCGAUUUUAUUACAGCCAUGAAGUUGCCUGAUUCAGCACAACUGAGCGCAGAGGAGUUUUAUUUCCUAUCCGACCCCUGGAGGCAGGAAUGGGAGAAGGGUGUUCAGGUGCCAGCCAGUGUGGAAGCCAUUCCCGAGCCUGUAGUCAGGAUGCUUCCGGAGGUCAAUCGAAUCCCGUUCUUUUCAGCGAUCCAAACCAGGGGCCAGUCAGAGUUUGGCUUCGGAGAGUCACAUGGUCUCACUGAGCCGUUGAGUUGUUACAAUCUGGAUGAUCUGGAUGUGACCUGGCUGGAACUGGUUAAUGCUGAAUUCAGACAACUAGCACUUCCAGAGCUGGACGAGCUCACCAUGGAGCAGGUCGUGGUGGAGCUGGAGAACAGGUGUCAGCAGAACAUGCAGCAGGCCAUCGCGACCGAGGAGGGUCUGGGCAUCGAAUACGACGAGGACGUGGUUUGUGACGUGUGCCGCUCACCUGAGGGGGAGGACGGCAACGAGAUGGUCUUCUGCGACAAGUGCAACGUUUGUGUGCAUCAGGUGAGCAUUGGCUGCCCUGAGAAGAUGGAGCCUAUUAUUAAAGUAUCCCACAUCCCAGCCAGUCGCUGGGCCUUGUCCUGUGGCCUGUGCCGUGAACACACAGGCACAUGCAUACAGUGCUCCAUGCCAUCCUGCAUCGUGGCCUUCCACGUGACCUGUGCGUUCGACCACGGACUAGAGAUGUGCACCACUCUGGCAGAGAACGACGAGGUGCGCUUCAAAUCCUACUGUCUAGAGCACAGCAGCGUCUCGCGCUCAAACAACGGCGGGAAUGUGGACCGAACCGAAACGCGGCAUGCUGGUUCCGAUCUGUCGGGGACGCAUUUGGAUCGUUCGAAGCAGGACCAAGCAGAACAGGAGAAAGCCAGCCAACGCAAGCAGAAGCUGCAAGAGCUUGAAAAUGAGUUUUACAGAUUCGUGGACCCCAAGGAUGUCGCAGAAAGCCUUUCUCUGCCAGAUGUUCACGUGGACUUCCUCUUCCAGUACUGGAAGCUGCGACGAAAGGCCAACUUUAACCAGCCGCUGGUGGCCCUCAAGAGGGACGAGGUGGACAAUCUCGCCCAGCAGGAGCAGGACGUUUUAUAUCGCCGUCUGAAGCUCUUCACUCACUUGCGUCAGGAUCUCGAGAGGGUCAGAAACUUGUGCUACAUGGUCACACGCAGAGAGAAGAUCAAACACUCUUUAUGCAACCUGCAGGAGAAGAUCUUUAGCUUGCAGAUCCAGCUCUUAGAGAAGAACCUGGCUGGAGGUAUGGAAACUCUGCAGCAAUCUCUUGUGUUUUUCUUUUGCCAUUUUGAUCAGUCAUUACUGUAUAUCGGCACAUGGUUUCUAAUGUCUAUCUCUUUCACAGGUUUCUCCAAAUCCUUCCCGCUGGACGGCUCGCUGUUUGACAGCUGGCUGGCUCAGUCCGUUCACAUCACGGCAGAUAACAUGCUGAGCCAGUGGUCUCUAUCCGGAGAGACGCGCGAUCCGUCAGUUAGCCUCCUGUCAGACCAGCUCCUGCAGGGCGAGGAGAGCCUGCUCAGCCUCAUGAUGGACCACUCCAUCAAGUCCACCUGGAAGACGCCCCAGCUGGGCCGCAAGCCGAGGGGAGCGCCGCGCAGCCGCAGAAAAUCCGUCUCGCUCCCGAGAAUCAGAUCCGCAGUUAAAGGCAAGGCCGAGAGAGCGCGUCAUGUUCACCAUCAUCACACCCGCAGCUGCGACGGCAGACCAGACCCUCUGCAGCCAGCCAUAUCCAAAAUGGACUCGUGCCACAUUUCUGAAGAGUGUGGCUCUUGCGGAUUUGUUGCGGAGAGCGGCAAGCGCUCGCAAAUGGCCUUGCGUCUGCAUCGACCUAGACAGGGCAAGUCACGCUCUAAGAGCGACUCGACGGAGACCUCCCUUCCCAAGAGCACUGGGAACAACACCUCCACACUCGACACUGAAACAGACGGCUAUUUCUCUGACGCCGAGCAGAGUGACAGUGAAUUGCCCUCGUUCAGCCGGAAGCUGCGCUUGCCCCAACUGCAUGCUGGGAAGGAGGAGGUAGUGCGGCGAAGCGUGCUUGCCUCCUAAAACCAUUUUCAGAUCCCCGUGACGUUUCUAGACCUGCAGAUGUAAGUGUUUGUGUCAGAGUACACUACCAGGCAAAAGUUUUUGAACAGUAAGAUUUUAAUGUUUUUUAAAGAAGUCUCU